AUGGAAAGAUCAGAUGAGGCCUCUGUGCUGCUCACAGCAACCACCGCUCAAGACGAUACACUGAGGACCAUUCAUAAAUUUCUGACCACAUCAGUACUACCAGAGUUCACGUCAACAGCCGCCAGAUACAAGUUCAUGAAGAAAGUCCAGCGGUACUUCGUACAAGACAGUCACAUGUACAGGCAAUAUCCGAACAGAAUUCCGGUACGGGUACUACUAGAAGAAAGCGCAAGACGGAAAGUUCUUGAAGAAGCACAUGAG